AGCGUCCUAUGACCAGUACAUGUCAGUGAACUGCUGAACGACUCAUCUGAUUAACUUUUGUUAACAAAAUGUAUUAAAAUAAUGCAGAUUUUGUUGUGCUUGUACAUUAUCGAAAUAAUUGAUUGAUGAACUGCUGACCGUGACAAGUAAAUUGGAUUCUCGUCUCAAAAGCCUGAUCAAAGUGAGUUUGACUCUGGUUUGACAUUAAUUACAGUCGUCGUUCUCUACACAGCUGUGUGUCCAGAAUUGCUCAUGUGGGCACAUUUGUGAAUGUUAUAUUAUCUACGCCACAGAACAUGGACAUCGGAUGGAGGUUAUCUUGCACGGAGCUAAAACGGUCACGGCUAGAAGGGAUCGAGCUUUUGUCAAAUUAACGUAAAAACAUGACCCUCUAAGACCUAGCGGAGCUCCCAUCGCCCGUCCAGUGUGCCCUGUCACAAGGGAGUCCUCCUCGCGGUGAUUGGGUGGAAGAUGGCGUUGGGCGAAUGGAAAUCCUAAUGACAGUUUCCAAAUUUGCCUCUUUUUGUACCAUGGGCGCCAAUGCUUCCGCUCUGGAGAAAGAGAUUGGCUCAGAGCAGUUCCCUGUCAACGAGCACUACUUCGGAUUGGUCAAUUUUGGGAACACGUGCUACUGUAACUCGGUGCUGCAGGCGCUGUACUUCUGCCGUCCGUUCCGGGAGAAGAUCUUGGCGUACCGCAGCCAGCCCCGACGCAAGGAGAACCUGCUGACCUGCCUGGCCGACCUGUUCCACAGUAUCGCCAACCAGAAGAGAAAGGUGGGAGUCAUACCACCCAAGAAGUUCAUCACGCGCCUACGCAAGGAGAAUGAGCUGUUUGACAACUACAUGCAACAGGAUGCCCAUGAGUUCCUGAACUACCUGCUCAACACCAUCGCUGACCUGCUGCAGGAGGAGAAGAAGCAGGACAAGACCAACGGCCGCCUGGCCAAUGGCUCGCUCGACUCCCAGAACAACAACAGCAACGCCCCGCCUCCCUCCACCUGGGUCCAUGAGAUCUUCCAGGGAACCCUCACCAACGAGACCCGCUGCCUCACCUGUGAAACGAUCAGCAGCAAAGAUGAAGACUUCCUGGACCUGUCAGUGGACGUGGAACAGAACACCUCUAUCACACACUGUCUCAGGGGGUUUAGUAACACAGAGACUCUCUGCAGUGAGUAUAAGUACUACUGUGAAGAAUGUAGAAGUAAACAGGAGGCACACAAAAGGAUGCGUGUGAAGAAGCUGCCUAUGAUCCUGGCUUUACACCUGAAGAGGUUCAAGUACAUGGAGCAGCUGCAGCGUUACACCAAGCUGUCCUAUCGUGUUGUCUUCCCUCUGGAGCUCCGUCUCUUCAACACCUCAGGAGACGCAACCAAUCCCGAGAGGCUCUAUGACCUGGUUGCCGUCGUGGUGCAUUGUGGGAGUGGUCCAAACAGAGGACACUACAUCGCCAUUGUGAAGAGUCACGACUUCUGGCUGCUGUUUGAUGAUGACAUUGUAGAGAAGAUAGACGCCCAGGCCAUAGAGGAGUUCUACGGCCUCACCUCUGAGAUCUCAAAGAACUCUGAGUCAGGCUACAUCCUAUUCUAUCAGUCAAGAGACUGACUGUCCCUGAAGAGGACAGUACCUCUCAGUGGAUUUGAGGAUCAUACUAGGGGACCAUACUAGUGUAAAUCGCUCUGUGGUGUCACACACCUACUGAAGCUCAGCCUCAGUCCCCCCUAUCCUCCCUCCCUCCCUCCUUCCUUCCUCCCUCCCUCCCUCCCUCCCUCCCUCCCUCCCUCCCUC